UGCUCCCUUCUCCCAAGUGCCCGGAUGCCAGCAGCUCGGCCGCCAUCUUCCCGACUCAGCCGAAGCGGUCCCGCGGUCACAUUCCGUGAGCGCGAGCCCAGCAGCAGGUGCCGCCGCGGCCGCCGCCAGCCCCGUUCCGAGCCCCGCAACCGCCUCGACCAGCAUCCCCGGAGAUGUCGGCUCCCGCUGCCGCCGCGCCCCCCGCUGCCGGAGGAGAGGGGGGUGGCCCUCCUCCCCCACCCCCCAACCUCACCAGCAACAGAAGGCUGCAGCAAACUCAGGCUCAAGUCGAUGAGGUCGUGGACAUCAUGCGAGUGAAUGUGGACAAGGUUCUCGAGAGGGAUCAGAAGCUCUCGGAGCUGGACGACCGCGCUGACGCUCUGCAGGCGGGGGCCUCCCAGUUCGAAACCAGUGCAGCCAAGCUCAAGCGCAAGUACUGGUGGAAGAAUCUAAAGAUGAUGAUAAUCCUGGGGGUGAUAUGCACCAUUAUCUUGAUCGUUAUCAUCGUUUACUUCAGCACUUAAUGGAAUUUAUGGAGCCAUUUCUCAUCCAGGAGCAACGGCCGGGAGCAGCGUGAGGGGCAAAGCAUCCCCCCUCCUCUAGAUCUCAGCCAUAUCUUCCAGCCGCCCUCCCCCCCACCUCCCCUCCCUCCAUACGCCCCUUACACCCUCCCGAAUCCCCUCCUACCCUCCGGUGUGUGUGUGUGGGUGUGCAUUGCGUGUGGGUGUCUUGUAAAUAGCCUGAUUUGUUAUUUAUACAUAUAUAUAUAUAUAUAAUAUAAUAUAUUUUGUCUGUUUGUAGAUUUAUUACUAGACUUUCCAUGUGUCAUGGAAUCUUUCCCCCCUUCCUCUUCUCCUGCCAACCCCCGACUUCUCUCUCUCUCUCUCUGACAGUGUUUUUUCAGUGUCUUGGUUUUUAACUAAAAUCUUCAAGGACCAAUAACUCCCCGUGAUCCUUAACCCUUCUCCCGACUUAGCUGGGCUCAGAAACUCCUAAGGCACUCUGCCCACCGCACUUCCUCCCCAUGCAAAAAAUAAAAUAAAAUAUGUCAUCCAGAUACUAAUGUUGGAAUAGUCUUGGGUUGUGGAUUUUCCUGCCCUGCCUGCAAUCUUUUACUGCCCAAGAUUUCAAGGCACCUUGUCGGAAGUGGGAUGCCAUGAGUGCCCAGUUUCCCUUGGUCUGGAUGAGACCCUUUGCCUCUUGCAAACCGCUGUAACAUUGGACUAGAUUGCGGUGUGUUAGGGUGUCGGGAAUUUCUUUGCCUGCUCUAUCUUUUGAUCCCAGCCCCUUCCGUGGCGGGGAAGAACCUCUACCCUUCGUGAUCUUCUGUAACAUUCCUGGAGUUGUGCUGUGUGCUGUGUGUUCGAAGUAACCAACACUAUACCUUAUUAUCCACCACCACCACCCCCCGGUGCAGGGAACAGCUCUGUUUUGGGAAUCCUGCAACAGCCCUCUCCUCGCCUCCUCCCGCCACUUACGGGAGAGGCGGACGAUUUUCCUGCCAUAGAUGUCCUAAAUGAAAACUGCCUCUCUUUUUUUGAUAAUAAUAAUAAAAAUACGAGUAUACAAGGUAAUAUAACGUGUACAUUCCAGACCUGCCCGGUAAAGGAGCCGAGGUUAUCUAAAUAGGGGAAGCAGGAUAGCUGCCCACACCCCAAAAUAUGACUCCCCAGUCCUCCUCUUCUUGCAAUCACUGCCUAUUUGCCGGGAAUUGGGGUAUCUUCAUUUGUGUCUGGGUAAUAAGCAAGCUAGGGCUUUGCCUUUGGUUCCUUUCAGAAGUGUGUUGUGUUGAAAGCACAGAUAACUAGCAGAUUCGACGUCAAGUGAUACGGGGAUGGGGGGGGAGCGUUGCUGUUUAAUAAUCCUCGGAGCAAGAAAAUAUCUUUCCCCCCCACACUUAGGAAAUUCUAUUUGGGCCAGUUUUGCGCUAUAGCAAAAUAGUUUUUCUGUGUCUACUCUCUCAACUUCUGAAUGGAACUACUAGCAAGGGAGGGGUGUGUGUUGUGUGUAUUUGUGUGUGUGUGUGUGUGUGUGUGGAUGGAGAGAUUUGAGUAGGGAGGAGGCUGGCUUGAAUACAGGCUGUUUUUUGUGGGGGGUGGGGAGGGAAGCGCCUCCUCUCUGCCCCCACUUCCCCAUCCUCACCCGAGAUCAGCCAGUUUCGCUUUGCAAAUGUCGUAAUUGUGAUAUUGUGACGAGUGAACUCCCCCCCCAUCCCGAAUUCCUGUUUAGCACAAACUGCCAUAUUUCUUGGCCUGUUUAUAAUGUCGGCGAUGUGUGACUCUCUCUUUUUUUAUUUUUCUUGACAUCUUCCCCCUCCCCUCUCCUCUUCCCCCCUCCUCUUUCUCCCAAGUAGGGGGGGGAGCAAAUGUUUAAAAAGAUUAUCCCUUAUCCACUUCUGUGUUCCGGAUUGCUCUCUUGAGGCCAAGGAAUUUCAAGAGGGAACUAGGAGAGGUUCUGGAUCGCGCGCUCUCUCUCUCUCAAGGCCCAGGAAUUUCAAGAGGGAACUAAGAGAGGAGCCGGCGUUUCGCGGAAUCACCAUCGCGGCUUGGCGAGUCAGGUGCCCCCUGCCAGUUCAGAGGGAAAACUUGGCAAGGGGCAUCUUGCUAGCGAGAUGUUGGGGCAGAACUUGCACCACGUGUGGGGGGAGGAGGCUUAGAAGCCCGAUUAACAUCCUAGCUCCCGACAACGGAGGGAAACGAAGGGAGCUAGGAGGUUAGAUGACUGGCGCCUUCUCCCCUGUUGCUGGCAAUUCUCUUAGGGGGAUGCUUGGAUAUUGUGAACUGCUGGGGAAGAGGGAGACCCCAAGGUUGUGGGGAGGGGGGCGCUAUCGAGGAGGGGGAAGCUUUUGAGGUUGCUCCUUGAACAACAGACAGCAGCGGAGGUCCUGGACACAUCUGUCUUCCAUAUAUACUGUGGAAAAGGGUGUGUUUCUUUAGGGUACGAUUUGCAGGCUGCGUGGGGAUGGAGAGGGAAGGGGCUGCAAUUCUCCAGCUGGACAGCAGGUGUCACUGCUGCUCUCCAGCUCCCUGGAUGCAGCCCUCUCAGUUGGAGAAAACUUCUGGUAGGGAAAGGGGACGAAUUAAAGGUAGAAAAGGGGUAUUUUAAGGGGUAGGGUAGAUCAGGGCACAUGGGGGGUGAGGAAAGGUCCUUUGCUUUGCUGCCCACUCCCCCUCCUCUUCCCUCUUCCUCAGCAGGCCUGGGUUAUGCGGGAAAGGGGUUGGACUCAUUACAGACAUGACCGGGAAUGACUAUGCUGUGAAAAAUACCUGAAAUUUGGAAGGGGGAAAAAAUAGUACAAUAAAUGUCCUGUGGAGAACGCCCAA